AUGACACACUCUCAUGCGCCGGGCGCCACGCUCUUUCCUGCGGACGUCCUCGAUGCUAUUGCUUGUGCAGUUUACAACGCAGCCGUCCCAAAUCCCACAUCGUCCUUGGACCCGCUUUACCCCAAUGUAUCUGAUGCACCGACUUCCUCUCCGUCUACAUCACCCACUUCAUACUGGUCCGAACCUGUGUCUAGGCAGACCCUCGUCAACUUGUGUUUAGUCAGCAAGGACUUCCGUGAUGCUGCAAAGCCAUGGUUGUGGCGACGGAUCGAGGUCAAUGUUCCACGUAACUGGUUGCGUAUGCUAGAUGAGAUAUGUGGAGAGGCUGAAGUACCUGUUCCGCAGAACAUUUCUGCCGUUCUCGCAGCCCCUUCCCAUUUUUUCCCUCCUCCUCUGCCUCUUACACCGCCCCUAUCGCCCUCAUCAUCCCCGCUUACAUCUGUCCCGGAAGUUGGCUUCGCAUCUGUCAGCCGGGAACUGGUCGAACAGGAGGCGGGAUGCAUCGCCACUCCUAGCCACAAAACACCUUAUGAUCUAAACAUUGCAAAUUCUUCCGGCUACAUUCCACUCGAUCUACUCUCACCGCCAGCCUCUCGUGAUCCCAGUCCGCAAAGGUUGCGGGCUCAGUCUCCUGGAAGAUGGCAAUUCAUUCGGGAAGUGAACCGGAGGAUCCACGCUGAGGGUUUAUAUGGUAUGUAUGCGUCACUAUUACUCACGUUUGACUCGAUGAUGACGAAUUUCCCCACGCCCAUUGAUCCUCGUCCCGGACGAUACGUUCACCAUCUCGAUUUCAAUCACUUCCGGACUAUUGGUAUGAGACGCUUUGUUGGCGAAGGCAUUCAUAGCCGAUUCGUCACGGAGGCACGUUUGGAGCGUUUACUUAAGGAAAUGCCUAAUUUGCGUGCUUUCGGGGCGACCGAAUUCAUGGACAGUUCUCUUAGCCCAAGCGUUUUAGCUGAGCUAAUAUUGAGAGGACUUCCACAUAGACGGCCCGUUGGUCGGGGGCGCGGUGCCUCCCGACGUGAAGAUAACGAGGAAGAGAUGGACGAUGUGGAGAGAAGAGGAGAAUAUAAGGCUUUAGAAGCUUUAGACUUUUGUGGAUGCGUCAGCUCUGUCUUUGUUACAUCCUUGCAACAAUUCGUGGAGGAAGAAGGACUCGGUUUAGACUACGUUUCGGUUCCGUCCCCUAACCGUGCAUCUUCCAUACCCGCAAUUGGACACUUGGAUGGGCCCUCGUUAAUACCCGUCCCUCUAAAAACAUUCCCAGGCCUGAAGCGACUUUGCUUAUGUGGCGUUACUUCUGUCCCACCAUCCGUUCUCAUUGCUUUUGUCACCUCGUUUUCAUCCCUUACCCACCUCGAUCUUGCUUCGACGCGUUGCACCCCUGCUUUGCUGCAGGCUCUCGCUGCCUCCCCUACCAUCCGCUUAUAUUCCCUUUCGCUUUCGCGUUGCAAUCGGCUCACUUCAGAGUCGAUCGCAGAUUUCCUCAUUGAUGGGGGCGCCGUAACUGAGGGUAUUCGGGAACUCAAUCUCUACGGUGACGUCACCUUCCCAUGCCCUCUGACGAGGCUGGACCUCAAAAAAAUAAUCACGAAGGCCAAGUGUUUUGCGAACGGGCAAUUGGAAUACCUCGAUCUAUCAGGCAGUUCGCUUGAUAAGAGUCACUUGGCUAUUUUCUCCCCUCAACUGGCCCUGCGUAGCCUUGGACUCAACUUCCUCGGUACGAGUGUUAAUGUACAUGAGGGUACCGAAGGUUUGGCACUUUCGGAUGUUCGUGAAUUCUUGUUGAACAAGGCUCCGAACGUUGAGAUUGUUACACUUGUUGGAAGUACGCCUGAGCUGACGGGUAUAGCUCACGCUGCGGGUCCUCGAGCUACCUACGCACCUGCGACGACUCUCACAACCGCAAGAGGUGCUAUCUCUAUGGCGCUGCACUCACAACUCAUUGAGCCUCUGUGCGUGCCGCCGUUCAGAACCUUGCGUGGAUCUUCCAGGAUCCCGCCUCCGCAGCCGCCAACAAGGUUGCGCGUGAUCGACUUGUCGAUGAGUACACUAUCCUGUCUAGGGGGUGGAGCGCUCGGGUGGAAGAUUGUGAAGAGUCGUGGUGGUCGAGCAUGGUACGUCAAUUCGACCACCAUGUGGGUUAAUGGCGUCCUUCAGAGGGGCGUGCAAAGUGGGGGAGUCACUGAGUGUAUUGAGAGGUGGGCUCGCGAAGGGAGUGCAACUGGAGUGGGUUGGCACGCAAGAAAAAUGGAAGUGUUGCAUGGACGGGGGAUGCUUGGUAGGGAGGAUGGACUUUACGGUGCCGUUUCUUUUGCGUAUACGGGAUGAGCGUUUAUUUUCGCUUUCUCGUACACAUGACAUUUGACUUAGCAUAUUGAUGCUUGUUGCUGCGGAAAAUAACAGUGUAUUCCCAAUCUAAUCUCAAUGACUAUGAAUUGUUGGAUGGCUCUUAUGCAUUGGG